CGCAUAUCAACUAUGCAAGCAUGCUCUAGGACUACAUGUAUCAUGUCUACGUCUAUCUUCAAUGAAGCUGCUGCCAAGUCCAAGAGGGAACUGGUUAUCAAGAAGGGUACAAAGAGCCCCGAAGCUUUAGCAGUGGAGAAUGGAGAAGUGGACCUCGUUUUCUGUGUGUCUACGCUCAACCAUCUUGUCAUCUCUGGGUUUCCUGAACUCACCCACCUCAGCCCCAAGAUAGGCCAACUGCAGCAGCUAUUCCAGCUUGUACUCACUGAUGGUGCCAUUACAAAUCUCCCCACUGAAAUCGGCUCUCUGGCAAAGCUCAAACUUCUUGACGUGUCCAGGAACAAGUUAGACAGUGUUCCCGUAUCCCUCUACUCCCUCGGAAAUCUGCACACACUCAUCCUGCGUCACAAUUGCCUCAGCGAUGGUUCAUUUCCAUCGGACCUACCUACCGACUGUCUUCCUAGUCUACACCAUUUGGAUAUAGUAGGGAACUGCCUCACCAGUUUACCAAACUUUGUAUAUCAUUCAAAAGGCCUCCAGGAGCUUCUAGCCCUCGAUAAUAACAUUGCAUCUCUAGAGCCGGCAAUAUCUGACCUCUCCAAUCUCAAACAAAUCGAUAUGAAGAGAAAUAAACUCACUCUACUACCGUUUGAACUGUCCCUCUGCUUGAAGCUCAAGUCACUGGACCUUGUAGACAAUCCAAUAUCAGACAGACGUCUACUAAAGCUCGUCACUCAACUGGGACCUGUUAAACCGAAGACUGUACUGGACUAUGUUGCUAGUCACUCACCCAAACCAAGCAGCCCUGAGAAGAAAGGUAAGUCUAAGAGGAGAACUGGGGGAGCCUCCAAUGCAGUGGAGGGAGACGAUGACGUUGAGUUCAGUGAUAACAAACCACGUCUGGUGGUAGUGAGACCUGCAGAGUAUGCUGAGGUGCUGGUACGCCCUGAGGCCAGGAGAAUACGCCCAUUCCUGAUAUGUGCUAUUGUGAGAGGAGUGAACCUGGCUAGCAAUAACAACUUCAAGAAGUUCAUCAACCUCCAGACAAAGCUUCAUGAUGGCGUGUGCAAGCGUCGCCGUGCUGCCACUGUAGCUACUCACGAUCUGGCCAAACUAGCCCUCCCUCUCUCCUACUCUGCCCACUCUGCAGGGGGUAUGAAGAUGACCCCCCUCGGAGAUACCACGCCUAUCUCUAUCCGGGAGUUCCUCUCCGGACUGGAGGCAAGUAAAACAGAUAAGAGGGGAGGUGGAGGAAAGAAAGGAGGGAAGAAAGUGGCAGCAGCAUCAGCAGAUAAGGAGAUUGAUGCCACAAAAGCUGCUCUCAGCAAGUAUCUUCAGUUUGUGGAUCCCCAGGAAAUGGUGUGUCUCCGUGACAACAGAGGGAUCGUCAUAUCCCUGCCUCCCCUCACCAACUCAGAGGACACUAAAAUUGAGUGUACAUCGACUGAUAUUUGGUUGGAGGUGACGUCAUCACUUAACCUAGCCACCUGCAAGGCAGUGAUGGACGCUCUCGUGUGUGAGAUGUGUAAGUGUGGUGUGGGCGUAUCCAGUGAUGGUGUGAUGCGUGUGGAGCAGGUGAAGGUCAUAGAAGACGACACCCGACAACUGCUCGUCCUCUACCCAUCAAGAACUGAUUUGCUAGACUGUUCAUCUAUCUCAAUAGAGCGGCCUGAUUAAUGUAUAUUCUUAUUACAGUUGUAUUAGUGAUAUUAUGUAGUUCAUGCUGACUGACUGCUUUAUUACAAUGAUGUUAUUUGUAUAAGAAUAUUUCAUUGGAAUACACAGUUGACAA